AUGAAUGGUUGGAUUCUUCUGUUCUCGAAUCCCGCUGCGGCCGCUGCAUACCAAGGGAAAGUACAUAAGUUGCGUGAGCUACUUCGAGACAAAACUCCGUUCUACCCGGCGUCCAGCAUCGACCUUCCAUCUAACUAUGAGGUUCCGGGAUCUAUGGGCUUUACAUUGCAAGACUAUACGCUCACCGCACCCUGGCAAUUCCCCCUGAUUACCGCUGAAUUUUUCCCGUUCAGUAAAUGGGUGUCAUCCUGUAUCAGAACCCAGGAAUCGAUUACCGGCGUGAUAGCGCACGACGAGGAAGAACCUCCUGAAACUUCGACACCGGUGCCAUUCUCCUCCGAUACAGCUGGAUAUCCUGUACGAAUGUGCAUUUCGCGCGAUUCAUUCCUCAGCCCGACGAGAAAAUCGCUGAUCAAUUUUCUUUACUGGGAUGGGGAAAGGAGAUCUGUUCCCUGGGAUCUUAUCGAGGGUUGGGAUAAGGUGAUAUUCCUGACUAACGGGAAGGAGGAUGGCAGCACGCCACUGGGUGAAAAGGCUCAUGCGAAACCCAAGUUCGGAGAAUACGACAUCAGCAACUGGAGGGUAACGUUCAGGUCUGCAUCUGAUGCUAGGAGGUUUGUGAGGACAUGGCAUAUGAAGGAAUUCCCACAGGCGGAAGAUAUGGACUACUGUGAUCCGCCGCCAGUGAUCAAGGCUGAAGCUCUCUUCUGGGACGAGAGUUUUUGA